AUGUACGAAGGGAUUGACAACCUGAAAUCCCUUUACGACCGUGCCGGGAAGACUUUCUCCGGCGGUCCUUCUGCGGCACAGGAUGUGUCGCGUCGUACUGCUCGACCAGACCCAGUACGUCAACCAUCAAUUGGGAGCGGAGCUCCCAAGAAUCCCAGGACGGGGGAUAGCCGCGCCACCGGACGAGGUAACUCGUCCGACGUCCGUUCACGUCGCGGUGGUUCAACAGCUGCUCUACUAGAUAGCGCUGGCCACCGCGAGAGUCCUCUAAUGGAGGUGGAGGAGGAGGAAAGACGCUCUCCACACGAUCAUGUGGAUCGGUGUGUUCCCGAGAGCUUCUUUGAUCGCGUAACGCAAGGGUUACGCGACGAUCUCGAGCAUGAGCGGAAUAGGCGUCUCCAGAUGGUGGACACUGCCUCGAAGCAUCGAGCUGAGUUUGCCUUUGCUCAGCUUGAGAACGAGAGAUCUCUGACAUCUCUUCGUGACGAGCUAAGGGUAGCUCGUGGGAUUGUUGAUCGGUCUCGGGCUGAGAUAACUGCUCUUCAGACCCUUGUUGAUGCCCACCAUCGGGAGCACAAGGCUCUCUGCGAGAUGCUUGAGCGCAAGGGCGUUCUUCAUCGGAAGAAGCAGCGUACUGAUGGUACGGCUUAA